AUCAGCAGUUAGGUUUGGUGGAAACUUCUAGUCCAAAGCCAACUGGAAUAUUCCUGUAAUCUGACAAAACUGGGAGCGUUAGCUGCCACAGUUAAGAGAAACAGCAUUCCAUGGGGAAAUGUGACAUGUUCAGAGUAAGGUUGUAAGAGGGUCUUCAGAAGAUGACUCUGGGAAGAAUUCAAGGAAACAUGGUUGUGUUCUGGCUUGGAUCCUGCUGGAAAGCACGGCAAAUCCUAAUGACUACUUUUGUUAGUGGAGCAGAAGGAGAGGAGCAGAGGGAAGCAAAGGGCAAUCAUGUGUCACUGGAGAGAGAGCUGGUGAGGACUUGGAUGAAAACACACUGAAGGAAGACUUGACAGCCACUAGAGAGUCUCCUCCAGCUCGUCUCGUUCCUGGAUAUUUCUCGGUCACCUCUCCAGCCUAAGGUGUCCUCCAAGAUGUUUCCACUGCAAGGUGCACAGAUGCUGCAGGUGCUGGAGAAGUCCUUGAUCAAGAGCCUUCCGGCAUCCUUAAAGGUUUAUGGGACUGUCUUUCACAUUAACCAUGGAAACCCAUUCAAACUAAAAGCCUUGGUAGACAAGUGGCCUGAUUUCAAUACAGUGGUUAUCCGCCCUCAGGAGCAGGACAUGACAGAUGACCUCGAUCACUACACCAAUACAUACCAAGUGUACACCAAGGAUCCCCAAGAAGCCCAGGAAUCCCUUGGCUCUCCAGAAGUCAUCAACUGGAAACAACAUUUCCAAAUUCAAAGUUCACAGUCAAGCCUGAAUGAGGUGAUACAAAAUCUUGCAGCCACUAAAUCUUACCAAGUCAAACACUCAGAAAACUUCCUCUACAUGGGAUCUCAGACAGCUAAGAAACUGGCUCCUUCUCUGCUGGAUGCAAAAAAAUUAUCCUUGCAUGAUGGCAAGCCCAAGGCUAUCAACCAAGACAUGUUUCAACUCUCAUCCCUGGAUGUUACCCAAGCUACCUUUGUGAACAAAUUUUGGUAUUUUGGUGGCAAUGAGAGGAGCCAAAGAUUCAUUGAGCGCUGUAUACGGAGCUUUCUGAGCUUCUGUCUACUAGGACCUGAGGGGACCCUUGUGUCCUGGACCCUAAUGGACCAGACUGGAGAAAUGCGGGUAGCAGGCACCUUGCCUGAGUACAGGAGCCAGGGCCUUGUCUCCUAUGUUAUCUACAAACAGGCCUUGGCUAUGGACAAGCUUGGCUUUCCUGUCUACUCUCACGUAGACAAGAGCAACAAGGCCAUGCAGAGAAUGAGUCACACUUUGCAUCACAUCCCCAUGCCCUGUAACUGGAACCAGUGGCACUGCACUCCUCUGUGAGGCUGGCCCUGGCCCCCAGACAGUGUUGAGUGGGCCUGGAUAUUCAAUGGUGGUCAAAGAAAGAAUAAACUCUAGUCAGCAUUGAAGGAGUGGGUGCUCUUUUGGCUCUGAAUAAGCGGUGUGAAUGGUCAACCCGACCACCAUGUUCCUGUGGUCGUUUCACUCAUGGACCUCACUUAGGUUCCUCAGCUUGAAGUUGGCCCAGAUCCUCCUGUCUGGAACCCAUGGAACUGAGCUCUUCACACUUCUAGGAUCUCAGUGACCUUCCUUCCUCAAAUACAUAAUGCUCAAAUUGCUUCUCCUGGGAAUCUGAGAGGAUGAGUUGGGAGACUCUUGCAAACUUGCUGGUAAAGGGGAGAUAACAUUUUCCUGACAGAUUCAUUCUUUUCUCUUUCCAUGGCCUGCCUUCCAGGGCUCAGUGAGUGGACUCUUCCCACUAGGUCGUUAGAGUAGAGCUGCUCCUACUUUCGAUGCUUUAUCAGUAUCUUCAACACACAAAAUUAUGUGGGAUAGUAGGUUAAGUGCAAUAUAUAGCACAGGUAGCUACUUGGAAAAUACUGCAUGUCCUUUUGCAAGUCCCACUUCAGGGACAACAAUCUGGUGAUUCUUUAAAAGGCUGAGCUGUGAAGUUCAGAUGGUUGUCUCAUUGAAGAAUCAUUGUGGGAUCAAAGAAAGAGAUACUUUUGUAGACUGGAACAGGCUCGCUGGGCCAGUCUCUUGUCCUACCAUCUGAAAGGAAACAGCACUCGCUGCCAAUACUGCAGCAAAGAGAGUUCUGCAAUGGAGAUGCUUACUUGCAUGAAGAACAUAUUCCUUUCCUGUCUACCUAAGCCUAGAAGCAGGCUGUGGGAUUGGAGUGAAGGCCUCCUCUACCCACCUAUCUCUAAAAUGAUGGCUGAGGUUUAAUUUUCCUGGACAGUGAAGAGACUGGAGGUCCAGCUCAGAUCAAGGCUUCCUAGUCUUGGCACGGUGGAUAUUUUGAAGUGUGCAACUCUUUGCUCAGUGAGCUGUCCUGUGCAUUGUGGGGCACUGGCCACGUCUCUGGCACCUACCCUCUAAACCCUGGUAGCGCUCUCCAUCCCUAAAACUAUCGCCCCCUCAUAAGUAUAUUUUCCGUGCACACUGCUCAGCACUAGACUCCUCCAAACUUCCUUCACAUCAUUCCAGGUCAGCUAUAUUCCUCCCUGCUGUCACUGAAGUUCUUUGAGGAUGAGGCUGGGAGCCUCAGCACAUGAAAGUUGUCAAUUCUGGUUGUGUUUUUCACGUGCCUUUGUCAAUAAUAGGAGAGAUUGUAUUCCUAUGUUAUAGUUAGACACACUAUCCAGCUGAAUUAAGAUCCCCAUAAAUACUGUUGUUAGGGGUAAAGAAAGCAAGACAACAAAUUCAGCAUUUAAGACAAAAGCAUUGCAGAAAGGGAAGAGGAGAGUGUUAAACACUAAGUGGAGGCUGAGGAUCCAAAGUCCAGUGUCUUAAUAUCAAGACAACAGGCUGCCAUUUCUAUGAGUGCAAACUGAGGCUGCCUUUCACCUUACAGGGAUUCUCCGUGGUGAGGGAAGUAGGGAGGGAGAGGCAGAAGGGAGAAAGGGUCAUUGCAACUCUGAAAUGGGGAGAGGGACUCAGGUAAAGAAAACGGGCUUGUGAUACGAGCAGAUGGAAAGAGACCUCAAGAUGUUCAUGAGAUGAAGAGAACAGUGGAACUUGACAGGGAAGAAAACAGCACUCUGUACAUACUCAAAAACCAGCUGUUUUCAGAAAGGGGUGCCUGCGGGACAGACUUUCCAAGGGGAAUAAAGCAUUGUUAUACCUCAA